CCCGCUAGCCCGCUCCGCGCCGCGGGCCUGCCCUCAGGCCCCCGCGGGCUCGGCGCCGCCGCCGGGAGGCUCGAGUAGCUCCGGGACCCGCCCGCCGCGUCCCCUGGGCAACCGUCUCCCGGGAGCUCGGGCCCCGCCCCCGGCACCCACACCCGACAGAUAAAGGAGCUGAGAGUCAGGUGGGGGCGGAAUGGUGCUCAAUGAUUCCAAAGCAUCUUUGAUCUGCCAGACCGAGGGGCCUUUGCUGCUGGCCAUUCUUGGACCAUUCCAGAGAGGACAGCCGGUGUCUUUGGAGUGAAAAAACAGGAUGCCCCCUGGGGUUGACUGCCCCAUGGAAUUCUGGACCAAGGAGGAGAAUCAGAGUGUGGCAGUUGACUUCCUGCUGCCCACGGGGGUCUAUCUGAACUUCCCUGUGUCCCGGAAUGCCAACCUCAGCACCAUCAAGAAGGUGUUGUGGCACCGCGCCCAGUAUGAGCCACUCUUCCACAUGCUCAGCGACCCUGAGGCCUACGUGUUCACCUGCGUCAACCAGACCGCCGAGCAGCAGGAGCUGGAGGACGAGCAGCGGCGACUGUGUGACAUCCAGCCCUUCCUGCCGGUGCUGCGCCUGGUGGCCCGAGAGGGUGACAGGGUGAAGAAGCUUGUCAACUCACAGAUCAGCCUCCUCAUCGGCAAAGGCCUCCACGAGUUCGACUCCUUGCGGGACCCCGAGGUGAAUGACUUUCGCACCAAGAUGCGUCAGUUCUGCGAGGAGGCGGCCGCCCGCCGGCAGCAGCUGGGCUGGGAGGCCUGGCUGCAGUACAGCUUCCCCCUGCAGCUGGAGCCCUCGGCCCGGAGCUGGGGGGCCGGCACCCUGCGGGUCCCCAACCGGGCCCUCCUCGUCAACGUCAAGUUUGAGGGCAGCGAGGAGAGCUUCACCUUCCAGGUGUCCAGCAAGGAUGUGCCCCUGGCACUGAUGGCCUGUGCCCUCCGGAAGAAGGCCACGGUGUUCCGGCAGCCGCUGCUGGAGCGGCCUGAGGACUACACCCUGCAGGUGAACGGGAAGCACGAGUACCUCUACGGCAGCUACCCCCUCUGCCAGUUCCAGUACAUCUGCAGCUGCUUGCACAGCGGGCUGACCCCCCACCUGACCAUGGUGCACUCUUCUUCCAUCCUCGCCAUGCGGGAUGAGCAGAGCAACCCUGCCCCCCAAGUCCAAAAACCACGCACCAAACCGCCCCCCAUUCCCAUGAAGAAGCCUUCUUCCUUGUCCCUGUGGUCGCUGGAGCAGCCUUUCUGCGUGGAGCUGAUCCAGGGUAGCAAAGUGAAUGCGGAUGAGCGGAUGAAGCUGGUGGUGCAGGCCGGGCUCUUCCAUGGCAACGAGACGCUGUGCAAGACGGUGUCCAGCUCGGAGGUGAGCGUGUGCUCAGAGCCCCUGUGGAAGCAGCGGCUAGAGUUUGACAUCAACGUCUGCGACCUGCCUCGCAUGGCUCGUCUCUGCUUUGCACUUUACGCCGUGAUCGAGAAGGCCAAGAAGGCUCGGUCCACCAAGAAGAAGUCCAAAAAGGCGGACUGCCCCAUCGCCUGGGCCAACCUCAUGCUGUUUGACUACAAGGACCAGCUCAAGACCGGUGAAUGCUGCCUGUACAUGUGGCCUUCCGCACCAGACGAGAAAGGGGAGCUGCUGAACCCCGCGGGAACAGUGCGGAGUAACCCCAACACGGAGAGUGCUGCUGCCCUAGUCAUCUGCCUCCCUGAGGUGUCCCCCUACCCUGUGUACUACCCAGCCCUGGACAAGAUUCUGGAGCUGGGGCGGCACGGGGAGCACGGGCGCUUCAGCGAGGAGGAGCAGCUGCAGCUGCGGGAAAUCCUGGAGCGGCGGGGAUCCGGGGAGCUGUAUGAGCACGAGAAAGACCUGGUGUGGAAGAUGCGGCACGAGGUCCAGGAGCGCUUCCCGGAGGCGCUGGCCCGCCUGCUGCUGGUCACCAAGUGGAACAAGCACGAGGAUGUGGCCCAGAUGCUCUACCUGCUGUGCUCCUGGCCGGACCUGCCCGUCCUGAGCGCCCUGGAGCUGCUGGACUUCAGCUUCCCCGACCGCCACGUGGGCUCCUUCGCCAUCAAGUCUCUGCGGAAACUGACGGACGACGAGCUUUUCCAGUACCUGCUGCAGCUGGUGCAGGUCCUCAAGUACGAGUCCUACCUGGACUGCGAGCUGACCAAGUUCCUGCUGGACCGGGCCCUGUCCAACCGCAAGAUCGGCCACUUCCUUUUCUGGCACCUCCGCUCCGAGAUGCACGUGCCCUCCGUGGCGCUGCGCUUCGGCCUCAUCAUGGAAGCCUACUGCAGGGGCAGCACCCACCACAUGAAGGUGCUGAUGAGGCAGGGCGAGGCGCUGAGCAAACUGAAGGCCCUGAACGACUUUGUCAAGGUGAGCUCCCAGAAGACCACCCGGCCCCAGACCAAGGAGCUGAUGCACCUGUGCAUGCGCCAGGAGACCUACCUGGAGGCCCUCUCCAACCUGCAGUCCCCGCUGGACCCCAGCACCCUGCUGGCCGAAGUCUGCGUGGAACAGUGCACCUUCAUGGACUCCAAGAUGAAGCCCCUGUGGGUCAUGUACAGCAACGAGGAGGCGGGCAGUGACAGCAGUGUGGGCAUCAUCUUUAAGAACGGGGACGACCUCCGCCAGGACAUGCUGACUCUGCAGAUGAUCCAGCUCAUGGACGUUCUGUGGAAGCAGGAGGGAUUGGACCUGAGGAUGACCCCCUAUGGCUGCCUCUCCACGGGGGACCGCACAGGCCUCAUCGAGGUGGUGCUUCACUCAGACACCAUCGCCAACAUCCAGCUGAACAAAAGCAACAUGGCAGCCACGGCUGCCUUCAACAAGGAUGCCCUGCUCAACUGGCUCAAGUCCAAGAACCCUGGGGAAGCCUUGGAUCGAGCCAUUGAGGAGUUUACCCUCUCCUGCGCGGGUUACUGUGUGGCCACUUACGUGUUGGGCAUCGGUGAUCGGCACAGUGACAACAUCAUGAUCCGCGAGAAUGGGCAGCUGUUCCACAUUGAUUUUGGCCACUUUCUGGGUAAUUUCAAGACCAAGUUUGGAAUCAACCGUGAGCGCGUCCCAUUCAUCCUCACGUACGACUUUGUGCACGUGAUCCAGCAGGGGAAAACGAAUAACAGUGAGAAAUUUGAAAGGUUCCGUGGCUACUGUGAGCGAGCCUAUACCAUCCUGAGGCGCCACGGGCCUCUGUUCCUUCACCUCUUCGCCCUGAUGCGGGCCGCCGGCCUGCCUGAGCUCAGCUGCUCCAAAGACAUCCAGUAUCUCAAGGACUCUCUGGCCUUGGGAAAGACAGAGGAGGAGGCUCUAAAGCACUUCCGAGUGAAGUUCAACGAAGCCCUCCGGGAGAGCUGGAAGACCAAAGUGAACUGGCUGGCCCACAACGUGUCCAAAGACAACAGGCAGUAGUAGCAAGCUUCUGGAGGCCCCUGGGCCUGGAGGGAGCAGACUGCCGGCCUGGGGAACCAGGCACCCUCAGCCAGCCUCUGGGGCCCCGAGAGCCUGAACCGCACUCCACGGGAAGGAACCUACAUGAUUGCCUUUUGUUUACACUGGUUAUUUAUUUAUGACUUGAAACAUUUCAGGAACUCGACAGCCAUAAACGUAAAUGCAUCCUUCGUGCAGGGGAGGGGCGUCCUCAGCCAGAGCCCCCGGGCUUUGGUGAGAAGACAGAGUCGGGCACUUCAGAGGCCGCACCUCACUAAGGACUGUAACCCCGAGUCUUCCAGCUGGUGAAUCGGGACCUGGCAGAGACUGCUCUCCCCUCCGGGAAGCCUGCCUUCCUCCCAGGCUCCCGCUGGGCUGCCCGGGGCUUGGCCCCUGGCAGUUACCUGGUGCCCACUUCUCCGUUCACCCCCUCCACCUUCGUGCUCUCCACGGGCUGAGCGCGGGGCAGCUCCCAGAGGAAGUCUGGGUACCCUCUAGAAUCAGGGAUGCUUGCUUUCCACGUUUAAAGUGACUCGGGUACGGGAAAUCCUCUCCUCUGCUGUAAAGCGGUUUUGUUUGCGGGUAAGGAAAAAACAAAACAAAA